AUGGAUCGCACAGAGGCACUCGCCGUUGCCUCCAGAGUGACGUUGCUCUUUGGCUGGCAGGCCCUGUCCCUCGACGAGCAAAAGCUCGUGUCUAUUCGACAGACAGUCCACGGGUCAAGUAGCAACUCGUGGAUCCUCGACACAGUGGCCGACCUGGCGGUUGAGCUGCCGCUCCCUCCCUCGCUCACUAAAGACUUUGAAGGGCGUGCCAGACUCCUGCUGGGCCACCUUGCCAGGUGGUUGCAGUACCGGGACAGCCACAGCACCGACUUUGUCAGAUACAACACUCUUCUGACCCCCCUCACCAUCAUCCACCACCUGCUUCAGUACUCGGCGUAUCUGGAGGCCAAGUAUCCAGACCUCGACGUCGAUGCAAGGUUCGCAGCGGCUCAUCUCUCACACAAGGCCCUAGGCUUCUGCACUGGGCUCAUCAGCGCAUAUGCCGUCUCGAACGCCCACGAUGUCCAGAGCUUCCGUUCGUUUGGGUCUACUGCGCUUCGUCUGGCCGUGGCGUGCGGUCUAAUCGUUGACGAGCAUAACCAUGCAUCACCCGAGGCUCAGACUACCGGUCUCGCCGUUGCGUGGCAGGCAUCUACUACUCAACAAGAAAUCGGUCAGGUCAUGUCGCAAUUUCCCGAGACAUAUCACUCCGUCCAAUUUGACGAGAACAGACUCACGCUCACAGUAUUGAGGCAUCAGAGGGACGACAUGAAGCAGCAUCUCCAGGCAACGGGGCUGACGGCGGUCGAGCUCGAUUUCGACGGGAGGUUCCACUGGCCAGGGCACAAGACUGCGGCAGAGGCCUUCAUGUCCACACUCGACAAGGAGCCACUGCUGCAGAAUCAGGACGCCAGCAUGCUCACGCUUCCGGUCAGUACGGACACCGAGAGCACAUCCCCCGAGGCGCCGCAUCGGUCCGUCAUCCGGUCUGUCCUGCUCGAAGCGCCCAAUUGGUACGAGUCAGUCCGGCGUGUGCAAGAGAAGACCACAGUCGAUGGCGGGGCAGUGAUUGUCACGUUUGGAUUCGAAAAGUUCAUGCCGCCAUCUCUCAUGCGGUUGCUCAAGGGCAAGGUGCUCAACAUGACGGAGAUCGAACAACACUACAGAGAGACCGUGCGGCCGUCCGCGGACACAGACAUUGCAGUUGUGGGUAUGUCAUGCAAGGUUGCUGGUGCCGAGGACCUUGAUGAGUUCUGGCGGAUUCUUUGCAACGGCAAGUCCCAACACCAAAAGGUACCGAGCGACCGCUUCAAGUUUGACACCCCAUUCCGAGAGUCGGCCAGUGACAGGUCGUGGUUCGGCAACUUCAUCGAUGACCAUGACGCAUUUGAUCACAAGUUCUUCAAAAAGGCACCCCGAGAAGUGGCCUCGAUGGACCCUCAACAGCGGCAGUUCUUACAGGUCGCCUACCAGGCUGUUCAGCAGUCUGGCUACUUCCGCACCGCCGACCCAGACAGGCGCGUGGGGUGCUAUGUCGGCAUGAGUGCAGUCGACUACGAGAACAACGUCGCCUGUCACGCACCGAACGCGUACUCGGCCACGGGGACGCUGCGCGGCUUUGUCGCUGGCAAAGUCAGCCACUUUUUCGGGUGGACUGGUCCGGGCCUCACCCUCGACACUGCCUGCUCGUCCUCGGCUGUGGCGGUACAUCUUGCCUGCCAGGCCAUCCUGAAUGGUGAGUGCAGUGCCGCCGUCGCAGGCGGUGUCAACAUCAUGACAAGCCCUCUGUUCUUCCAGAACCUCGGGGCGGCCUCGUUCCUCAGCAAGACGGGGCAGUGCAAGCCCUUUGACGCGGCUGCCGAUGGCUACUGCCGCGGUGAAGGCUGCGGCGCCGUCUUCCUCAAGAAGCUCAGCUCGGCGCUCGCAGACGGUGACACGAUCCACGGCGUCAUUACAGGCACGGCGGUGCAGCAGAACGAGAACUGCACGCCUAUCGUGGUCCCCAAUGUGCCGUCCCUCAGCGACCUGUUUGCAAAAGUCGUCGCAAAGUCGCACCUGCGCCCAGAGCAGAUCGGCGUCGUCGAGGCACAUGGAACGGGGACAGCAGUUGGGGACCCAGCCGAGUACGACAGCGUGCGCAAGGUAUUUGGUGGCAGUGCCUGCGGAAGGACCUCGCAGCUCAUGCUCGGCUCCGUCAAGGGCCUCGUUGGUCACCUGGAGGCCACUUCAGGCAUCGUGUCGUUGAUCAAGUCACUCCUGAUGAUCAAGCACGGCCUCGUCCCGCCGCAAGCGAGCUUCACCAGGCUCAACCCGGCCAUCAAUGCUGUCGCAUCGGACCUCAUCACCAUUCCCACAACCGUCACACCGUGGACAGCCAGUCUCAGAGCAGUCCUCAUCAACAACUACGGUGCAUCUGGGUCCAAUGCGUCCAUGGUAGUGACGGGACCUCCCAGGCGCCGGCAACAGCUAGCUGUGAAACAUCAGCAUGACCACGUGGAAGCUAAACGACCUUUCCGUCUCACCGGUCUUGACAGUACGAGCAUCAAGGCAUAUGCGGCGAAACUCCGCAGAGUUCUUCAGCAGUCGCCUGCCGCAACCAUAGAUGAUAUAGCCUUCAACAUGGCCCAACAGGCAAACUCGACACUCCCACGCCAUCACGUCUUCACCAGCCGGACAGCGGCCGAACUGGAUGAGCGUCUCGCUGCCCUGUCGGACGGCCGCCUCACCGAGCUUAGUCAUGACCGCCAGCCCCUGAGUGUACCAGUGGUGCUGUGCUUCGGCGGCCAGGUCGCAAAGUCUGUUGUUCUGGACCGCAGGCUGUUCGACUCUGCGCUCGUCCUGAGGACUCAACUUGAGGAGUGCGACACAAUCCUCCAGUCGCUCGGUGCCAGCAGCAUCUUCCCUCACAUCUUCCAGCGUGAUCCUAUCGACGACAUUGUCAUCCUGCAAACCUGCCUCUUCUCCCUCCAGUUUGCGUCUGCACAGGCGUGGAUGAGCUGCGGCAUCCGGCCAGUGGCGGUCAUGGGACACAGCUUUGGCGAGCUGACGGCCAUGGCCGUUGCUGGCGUCCUCCCGCUGGCGGAGGCCAUCAAAAUGGUCCUCGCGCGGUCCCGAAUCAUCCGCGACCAGUGGGUAGCGGAUAAGGGCGGCAUGCUCGCAGUUGAGGCCAGCCUGGAGGAUGCUCGCCUGCUCGUACAACUGACCAACGCCGCUGCCGGGGAGGAGGAAAAGGUUGGCCCCAUCGCCAUUGCCUGCCACAACGGCCCGCGCAGCUUCACCUUGGCUGGCUCGACGGCUUCCAUUGAUCGCGCCGUCGAGAUCGUGACAGACAACAGGGCCGGCAUCAGCGUGAAGAUGAAGAGGCUCGAUGUGACCCACGCCUUCCACUCGGCGCUGACCGAGCCUUUGCUAUCAGCACUGGACGAUGCUGCUUCUGGUGUGUCGUUUGCUCCGCCAAAGAUUGAAUGGAUGCGCUGCACAGAGACAGCGGCCAACCCGACGAUACCCGCCACCUUCUUCAGCCAGCACCUCCGACAGCCAGUCUUUUUCGACCACUGUGCCCGACGCGUGGCGUCCAAGUACCCCCAGUGUGUUUGGCUCGAGGCCGGUUCCAACUCGACAGUCACAAACAUGAUCAGUCGUGCACUGGGCCGACCUCCAGGCAGUACGUUCGUUUCCGUGAACCUCUCCAACGACACGGCUUGCGACCAACUCGCCGACACGACUGCAACGCUGUGGACGGCUGGGGUAGACCUGACCUACUGGCUGCAUCACCGCUCGCAGAGUGGCCAGUAUGCGAGCCUCCUCCUCCCGCCCUAUCAGUUUACUAAAUCACGACACUGGCUCGAGCUCAAGAAGGCGCCCGCUGCUGCGCUCAAGGCCCCUGACGCGGUGCAGCCCGAAGCGGCCCCGGUUACGUGGCUCACGUUCCUUGGGUACCAGGACGGUGCUGCUCAGCGGCAGGCGCGGUUCCGCAUCAACACCAGUGUCCCAAGAUUCCAGACUCUCAUGGCCGGCCACAAGACUGCGCAGACGGCCCCCAUAUGCCCGGCGACGGUUCAGAUGGAUCUGGCCAUUGACGCAAUGUCGCAGAUUGUCUCUCUCGGCACCGACUUCAACCCCGAGAUUACCAACAUCUCAAACUCUGCGCCCAUCUGUGACGACCCGUCUGCCCAGCUCUGGCUUGACCUCCAAGCCACAGACACAUCGGCUACACGGUGGCAGUUCACAGUCUCCAGCACCGGAGCCGCCAGCACUCGCAGUCCCACGGUCCAUACGACUGGCAUCAUCGUGCCGUCCGCAAAGAACCUGUCGACCGAGGCAGACCUGUCGAGGUACCAGAGAGUUGUCAGCCACAAGCGGUGCCUGGAGGUCCUCGACUGCCCCGACCCGGACGAGGUGAUGCAAGGCCGCGUCAUCUACAAGGCGUUUGCCGAGGUUGUAGAGUACGACGAGCAGUAUCGUGGAGUGGCCAAGUUGGUUGCCAAGGGCCUCGCAUCUGCUGGCCGCGUGGCCAAGGAGCCCAGCACGGCUUCGUGGUUUGACGCACAUCUUUCCGACACGUUCUGCCAGGUCGGCGGCAUCUUCCUCAACUGUAUGACUGACAGAUCCCCUGGUGACAUCUUCAUCUGUCGCGGCCUCGAGCGCUGGAUGCGGUCGGCCACCCUCCAGCAGAACCGCCGCUCGUCAUACGAUGUCCUCGCCCUCCACGACGGCUCUACGGAAAGCGGGAGCUUCCUCACCGAUGUCUUUGUCUUUGAUCCCGAAACUGGGGUUCUGGUUGAGGCGAUCUUGGGCCUCAACUUCGUGCGGGUGCAGAAACAGGCCAUUGCAAAGACAUUGGUCCGCCUGACUGGCUCGUCAGCAGCGAUUACACAAGCGUCCACAGCCAUGGUGGCAUCAGCGAAACCGAAGCCUCCCGCUGUGCCCGCAGCGAGCCUAGUGCCCGUCAUCAGCGGUGCUACUACUGUCGCCUCUCCAAAGAGAACAGCAACGCGUCGCCGUGAGCCUGAUGAUGAGCUUCUGGAUUCCUUGAAGGCCGUCGUGUCGGAGCUUGCUGGUGUCCAGGUGGCCGAGAUCCAGCGCGAUAGUCUGCUGGCCGACUUGGGCGUCGACUCACUGAUGGGCAUGGAGCUUGUCCGCGAGCUCGAGAUCAGGUUCCAAUGCACCUUGUCACUGGAUGAUGCCUCGGGCGUGACUGACAUGGGCCAACUGGUCGACUUUGUGCGCCCCGUCGCCCGCCUUUCCAGCUCGGAAGGGCCUGCAGAGACACAUCGAGACCAUGACCACGGCUACACCGACAGUGAUGAGAGCCAAGACGAAGCGAGGGCCACGAGCCGGGGUUCCAUCACCAUCACACCAGCAGAGACAGAGAUUGGUAGCCGCGGUGUGGACAUUGUCAACAUGCUUGCAGGUCUCGUCGGCGUGGAGGCUACAGAAGUCUCGCCGGGCACCGUACUUUGCGAGCUCGGGGUGGACUCGCUCAUGAGCAUGGAAUUACGGGCAGCUCUGAACGCCGAAUGCGGAGUCAAUCUUGAUGAUCAGGUAGCAGUCGAAGGCAUGACUGUGUCAGAACUGGACGCCCUUGUCAAUGGACCUUGUAGCCCGGCCAAUCCGGAGCCAGUGACCAAGGCCAGCAUCCUCUCCCCCGACGCCCAAACGUCGGGGUCUGGUAUACGAGACUCGGAAACGCUUACUCUGGGAAUUGACGCCAUCAUGGCAACCUUUGGCGAAGUCAAGGCUCAGACGGACCGCCGAAUAGACGACGCGGGAUGCGCUACCUAUGCUGCCAGCAUCUCACCCAUGCAAGACGACCUGUGCGUGUCUCUGACUCUAGAGGCCUUUGCGCAGCUCGGGUGCUCGCUGGAGCAGGCAAUGCCAGGCGAGUCGAUCCAGCUCCCUGUCUAUCCCGCCGCACACACGCAGUUAGUACGUCAUCUCUGCCGGAUGAUCGAGAAGCGCACUGGAAUCCUUACCUGCGUGGACGACAUGUCGGUGGCCAGGACGAGCCAGCCAUAUUCCAUCCGCCCGAGCUCUGCCAUCUUGGCCGAACUGGCCGGCACCGCGCCACAGGAGUCUACAGCCAACGACCUGAUCUAUUAUGUGGGCUCGCAUCUGGCAGAGCUGCUGCGCGGCCAGACGGACGGCAUCAAGCUCAUCUUUGGCUGCGAGCGUGGCCGUAGUCUCGUGGCAGCUUACUACGCCGAGUGGCCACUGCACCGCCUGUGCUACCGCCACGUCGAGGCCUUCCUCGAGAGCCUGGCUGGGCGGCUCUCCUCGCAGGCGAGCAGUGGCCCUCUCAAGAUUAUGGAGAUGGGCGCCGGCACCGGCGGGACCACGCGAUGGCUCGUUCCGCUGCUGGCACGCAUUGGCCGGCCCGUCGAGUACACCUUCACCGACGUCUCGUCGUCACUCGUCAUCCAGGCCCGCAAGCGCUACCAGGCCGACUACCCCUUUAUGCGUUUCCAGACCCACGACAUCGAGAAGGAACCGGCCGCCGAGCUCGUCGGCUCACAGAACAUCGUCAUUGCGAGCAACGCAGUCCAUGCUACGCACGACCUCGUCCGGUCGACAGGCAACAUCCGCAAGGUACUGCAGCCCAACGGCGUGCUGCUCAUGGUGGAGAUGACGCGGCCCCCGUUCUGGGUCGACCUCGUGUUUGGCGUCUUCAAGGGCUGGUGGCUGUUCGAAGACGGCCGCUCUCACGCGCUGGCCGACGAGGGGCGAUGGCGGCAGGCACUCGAGGCGGCCGGCUUUGGCUUCACCGACUGGACCGGCGGCUCACGGCCCGAGAGCGAGAUGGAGCGACUCGUCAUUGCCGUCGCGGCCGGCCGGCAGCAGAAGCACCAAGCGGUAAGCCCAUCAAGCCCACGCUCUACCGAUCCUCGUCAAGCCGCCGUCGACAAGUAUAUUGAUUGGAUGUCCAGUGACCUCCUACGCGAUGUCCGCCGCCUCGGCAAGCUUCCUGCAGUAUCAGGCGCAGCCCGGAUGAGAACCUGCGUGCUCGUCACAGGGGGCACUGGCAGUUUGGGCUCGCAUCUGGUCGCUGAACUGGCAGAGCGGACCGAGGUGGACCAGGUCAUUGUCCUCAACAGGAAGCACAGCGUCGAUGCCAUGGCGCGGCAGCUUGAGGCUUUCACGUCGCGCCACAUUUCACUUGGCACAGAGUUCCGGCAGAAGCUCCGCGUCAUCGCCACCGACACAUCAAAGCCCAGUCUUGGUCUCACACCGGCCGAGUACGCCAGUCUCGCGGCCUCGGUCACGCACAUCAUCCACUCGGCCUGGGCCAUGUCUAUCAAGAGGCCCAUCCACGGCUUCGAGUCGCAGUUCGACAUCAUGCGGAACCUUGUCCGCCUGGCUGUCGACGCAGCGGACGCGAGCUCCACCAAGGUACACUUCCAGUUCGUCUCAUCCAUCGCCGUGGUCGGCCACUACCCUCUCCGCCCCGGCCGAGGCGGUCCCCAUGUGCCCGAGGACCGUGUCGAGCUGGCAGAUGUCCUGCCCAACGGAUACGGGGACGCCAAGUUUGCAUGUGAGCGCAUGCUCGAUGAGACACUGCACCACAGGCCCGACCGUUUCGCGGCAACCUGCGUCCGCAUCGGGCAGAUUGCCGGUGCCAGCAGAGGGCCCGGCUACUGGAACCCGCACGAGCACCUCCCGUUCCUUCUCAAGUCGUCCCAGACGCUGCGAUGCCUGCCCCAGUUGAGUGGCCUGUUGUCGUGGACACCCGUCGACACCGUUGCCGGCACCCUGACCGAUAUUGUCCUCCUGUCUCAGGAGCCAUUUCCCGUAUAUCAUGUCGACAACCCUGUCCGCCAGCAGUGGUCCGACAUGUUGCCCGUGCUGGCCCAAGCCAUGCGCGUGGCUUCGGGAGAACAUGCUGGUGAAAUCAGCCUUGUUCCAUUGCAACAUUGGGUGGAGCUUGUCCGGUCGAAAGGCCCAAGCGGUCCGGACGGCGCAAAUCCCGCCUUCAUGCUGAUUGAUUUCCUUCAAGACAACUUUGAGCGCAUGUCUUGCGGCGGACUGUUGUUGGGCACUGCGCAUAGCCAGAAGCAUUCCUGGACCCUCGCGAGCACUGGUCCCGUCACUGAUACACUGGUACGCAAGUACGUCGAUCAGUGGAAAUCCAGUGGGUUUUUACAAGCGUAG